AUGCGAAACAUCGAUAAAUUAGACUGCAUUGAUGUUGAAGCAUUGUCGGCCCAAAGAAUUCCUAUAGCUUGCGGUGCAAUAUACGCAUCGGCUCGAAGGUCGAAGGCAGCCGGGGGUACAUUUAACCCUGACCUAGCGGGUGAAGGAUAUUCCUACUACGGCCUCCCGCCACCCGACGGGGUCCGGAGCACCCCUGAGCAUCACUUGCACUGCGCUUCCACACUCCUAAAUGGAGAUCAAAAAUAG